CUGCGGCAGAGACUAGUCGGCACCUGGCGCCUUGAAGCCUACGUCGCCUACCCAACGCCCACAUGCCGCUUCCAACGCCCAACCUUCCCAAUGACCAAAAACGUCACAGGCCUGAUCAUGUACACACCCGACGGCUACAUGAGCGCGCACAUGCUGAUUCCCGGUCAAAUGUCCUUCAAGCGCGGAGAAGGUGAAGAACCGCAAUGGGCAGAGGCAGGCAAGCGAUCUUUUUCGUAUGCAGGCCCUUACUACAUUACCGACGAGGGUAUGGGCAGAAAAGAGAUUUUGAGACACACGUUCCAGGUUUGCAACUUGCCGGGGUGGCUAGGCGAUAUCCAAGUCAGGACUUGGAAGUUCGAGGAAGAUGAUAAUGUGUUGGUGCUCGGAAGCGAGGAGCCUACAGAGAUUAGAGGCGAGCAGAGAAUCCCGGUUUUGAAAUGGCGAAGGGUCAUGGAUAACUCGAAUGGCAGCCCGCCAGCGCCUAUGCCUCAUAUCAAGGUCAGCGGACCUGGCGAGCCAUGA